AUGACAUUGGAGGAUGUCUUGCCUAAGGGGUUGGGCAUUGUCGCCGACACCCUGGAGCUGGACUUCGACACUACUGCAAGGCUUUCUACGGUCUUGCAGAUUCUCAUAUUCUUACCGCUUACACUCUCGACGCUCUCGACGCCUGCAUUCCUGCUACUUUCUCUUCUUCUCGUCAUCCACUCUCUGAUUCAUGGGACACUCGUGCUCUUCUGGGGUUCUCCUGCACUUUCUGUCUUGCAGGUGCCUAUGCACCCUUUCUUGUUGCUCGUCUGCUUCAACGUCUUCUCGCAAAAUGUACACCCUCUGCUCCUCACAACCGCGUCAUGGUGGGGCAAGCUCUUGCACUGGUCUACUCCAGGGUUUAUUGUGAUGGAGGGCCUGUCGAGUUUGUUAAUCGUACAGAAGCUCGGCCAAGUAGGGAGGGAACUGGUCGGUGAAGGAGAGAGCUAUCAGUUUGGGUUGCUUGUUGCAGCGGCCGCAGCAUAUGUAACUUCCGCAUGGUGGAUUGUUGUGACAUAUCCAGCGGCAGCUACUUCGCCGCUGUCUUCCACCUUGCUGGGAGUCGCAUUAACCACAUUGAUUUUCUUGACUUUGAUUGGAUUCGUCUUGCGCCGAACGAACGUCAUUGAGUCAUCUGGAUUGGCAUUAUUUGUAGCCUAUAAUGUCUGGCAGUGCGGCUUUGAUCAGAAGUCUUUCUCAGACCCCGGGUCUUCCUAUGCACCGCUUCUAUCUAACAUCAUGCCGCAUCUGCAGACACUGGUUAACUUUGUGACGAAUACGCUCCCUAAGCCCGUUCUGAUCGCGCUGCUGUACCGAUUGCUUGUGUUGCAUUUCGCUUCACAUAUACUUCCGACCAUAGGUGCGGAUAGCUGGGAAGGAGAAACCAGUGUCGAUGGUGGUUGGGAUGACCGUCCCACGUCGAAGUUAACGGGUCUUAUGUUGACCUAUCGCCAAGCCAUUUUUGUGACUGUCUAUUCUCAUUUGCUUUUGCUUGACCACUCCUCCCAGGUCUGGUGGCGAUGGAUGAAUAUCUUCAUAACUUUGGUGAUUUGGUCCAUAGAGCUGCUUGUUAGCAGUGACGAUGAUGACAGUCUUACAAAGAAAUGGAAAGUUGAUUGA